CAGAAAACUUAACUAUCGGGAUAAUUCAGGAUGCUACUGCGUUAGCAGGAUGAACAUGAGCGAAUCGGCAGUGUUCACCAUGGAGGAUUUGAUUAAUAUCACACCACCGAAUGGAGGUGAAGCUAUGCGGGAGAUCAAAGUUGAACAGGCGAUGGGCAAAUUAAGACGUCUUCAACAAGGUAAAACAGCCCUGGAAGAAGAAAUUAAGGAGCUCGAAUCAACCAGUGACUCUUUGCAGAAAGAGGUUGCAACAUUACAAACUGAAGCUUUCCAACUGGAAGGAAUCCAUAGAGAAAAGGAAGAGUUGUACCAGAAGCUGCAGUUCCAGUGUGACAAGUCUGAGCAGGAGUCUACCUGGCAGUUAGAGCAGAACAAGGAAAGUGAUGAAUUGCUGGAACAGUACAGAUGUGAAAUCCAGGAAUGCAAGCUUAAACACCGGAAGCAACGGAUGAUGUAUGAAAACCAACUUCAUCAGCUGAUAGAGCAGCAUAAGAAUCUGCACUCCAUCUUUACUCUAGAAAGCCUCCCAGAUGAAAUAGUGAGUGCUGAGAAUACAAAAAGUCAGCUAUUAUUAGCUGAACAAAUGAAGUUGGCCCAUCUGCAUCGUCUGAAUGAAGACCUAGAGGAGGUAAAAAGACAGAUGCAGUCAGGGACAACACCUGCAGUGACUCAGGAGGAGUGAAAAUGCCGCUUUAAACCAGUUGUACCGAAAUGCAAAGAAUCAGAGGUAAUAGUCUUGUUAGCUGAAAACCUUAAAUCUUCCAAGUGUUCAAAGGAUUGAGGAAUUUUGCCAAACCAGUACAGCAAAAAACUAAAACUUAAGUUGACUUCAACAUGAAAUGAAACAACCCAAAUUUUAAUCAGAACUUAAAGAUUUAUACCCAUAACACCUAAUUAAAUGUAAUGUGAAUACUAUGAUGUGAAUACUGAAUUUCCCCUUGGGCAUAAACAAAGUCUCAUCUCAUCUCAACUUAAAAGUUUUACUACUAAACUUUGUUUAUUCCUGUGUCCUGGAUGUUUUUUGUUUUUUUUCCAUUGGCUUGAUAUUUUAUAUUACUUGUUUUGUCAGCCAUCAGCAUAUUUUGAAAUGCAAUUAGUUGUUUGAAUUUAGCCAGAUUUGAUGUAUUUGUGAAAUAUACACUGCAAAUUGUGAAUAACAUUUUUAUAUAUACCAGUAGUAUGUAUUUGGUAUAAUAAACAUGUUCAUUCAUUUAAUAAAGUUACU